GUAUUCUCUUUCUCUUUCUUGAUCAAGUCACAUAAAUUGAAAGGAAAGAAAUUGGGAAAAGAAAAGAAAAACUUUAUCUUUAAUUUUGUCUCUGAGGUUUGUUUCUUUUUCCUGUAUUGAUCACCAUCUAACCCUGAAAAUCUCUUUAGAAAGAGAAAGAGGGAUCCUUUUUAUGCUUAAAUCUGUGACUUCACAGAACUGGUCCAGAAAGUUUUCUUGUCUCUGAUCCCAAUAAGGCCAUCUCUCUCUUCCAAAAGAUCUGUAAUCAUAACACCCUUUUCUCUCUCCCUCUCUCUACAUCUAUCUCUCUCUCUGCGAUUGGGAGAGAGAGAGGGAAAGACUGCCAUAGAUAGGUAGCCAGCUAGCUCUCUCCAAAGUACAAGUGGUCCUAUUUCCUUAACCCCACCUCUUGUUUUUGCUUUCUUAGCAAACCCUUUUGUUCACAUGAUCUCAAUCCAUACCUGCAAACACAUUUUCUAGAGAGAGAAAAUAAGAACACAAUGCAAGAACAAGGGUUAGGGAUGAUUGGUGGUAGUGGAGGGAUUGGUGGUGGCUUCACAGAUAUGGCUGUCUCACUUUCCGGCGAUCAAAACCGCCAGCUCAAGGCGGAGAUAGCCAACCACCCACUCUACGAACAGCUUCUCUCAGCUCAUGUAGCGUGUCUCCGUGUUGCCACCCCGAUUGAUCAGCUGCCGCUCAUCGACGCCCAACUCUCCCAGUCCCACCACCUCCUUCGCUCUUACAUCGCCGACCACCACAACCAAUCUCUCUCCCCACAUGAUCGCCAAGACCUCGAUAACUUCUUGGCACAGUAUUUGUUAGUUUUAUGUUCGUUUAAAGAACAGUUGCAGCAACAUGUCAGAGUUCAUGCUGUUGAAGCUGUCAUGGCCUGCCGAGAAAUCGAACACAACCUUCAAGCUCUCACUGGAAUAACACUUGGAGAAGGGUCGGGUGCAACAAUGUCGGAUGAUGAGGACGAAAUGCCAAUGGAUUUCUCAUUGGAUCAAUCCGGUGGCAUGGAUGGCGGUCAUGACAUGAUGGGUUUCGGUCCUCUUCUUCCUACUGAAUCUGAACGCUCACUUAUGGAACGCGUCCGUCAAGAACUCAAAAUUGAACUUAAACAGGGAUUCAGAUCGAAAAUUGAGGAUGUGAGAGAGGAAAUUCUACGCAAACGAAGGGCAGGAAAAUUACCGGGUGACACGACUUCAGUCCUCAAAGAUUGGUGGCAACAACAUUCCAAAUGGCCAUACCCAACUGAAGAUGAUAAAGCAAAACUGGUGGAGGAGACAGGGCUGCAAUUAAAGCAAAUUAACAACUGGUUUAUCAAUCAAAGGAAGAGAAACUGGCAUAGCAAUUCAAAUUCGAUGACUGCUCUUAAGUCGAAGCGUAAACGAUAGAAGGCAUGCAUGGUUUGAAAUUCUAAAAGCAAUUUUAUAUAUUCCAUAUAUAUAAAAAAAUAUAUGUCGAUAUAGGAAUAUAUAAGAGUAGGUAUCGUAUGGAAUAUAUCGAGAUUAAAAACAAUGGGAGCAAACAAGUUGUAACGAAUGCAUA